GUGAUGGCUCGUCAACGAACUCGUCUUUCCUGGAAUCGAUGAAUCUGGAUGAAAGAAUCAGGAAAAUAACGUGGGAACUCACAAAGUUGUCCUGACCUGGAUUUUACAAACGUUGACUCUGAGAUCCGGCAUUGAAAGUCAUGGCGGUUAAGCGAAAGAGACACUACGACAUAGACUUCACUCUUCGUCGAGUCUUUGGUAAACGUUCUUUCAGGCCUUUACAGCGGGAAGUCAUAUCAGCCACAUUAGAAGGCGAGGAUGUCUUUCUACAGGCAGCGACAUCGUUUGGCAAGAGUCUGUGCUAUCAGCUACCAGCCGUAGUCGACUUUGGCAUUACCAUCGUGAUCUCGCCACUUCUGGCAUUGAUGAAUAACCAAGUUGCGUCGAUGCGAAGAGCAAAUAUCCGCGUGGAGACAAUCAACAGUACCACAACCCAGUCGAAGAAGAAGGCAAUCAUAGAAGACCUCCAAUGCGGCCACCCCCUGACGAGGCUUCUGUACGUGACUCCCGAGUACUGCGAAGGCGACCACUUCAGAAACAUUCUACGAAUCAUCCACAGCCAGAGAGAACUUGCUCGUAUUGCCAUCGAUGAAGCCCAUUGUAUCAGCGAGUGGGGCCAUGACUUCCGGCCAUCUUUCAAAUCUCUUUCGUUUUUCAAGGCCGAAUUUCCCGACGUCCCAAUGAUAUGUCUGACUGCCACUGCCACUGCAAGAGUCCGAAACGAUAUCAUCACGACACUUGCACUCGAUGAAUCUAAAAUGCGCAUGUUUAGAAUGACCACCAGCCGUCCAAACUUGCACUAUGAAGUCCGCUUCAAAUCUGACGAAGAAGACCACUACUCCGAUUUUCUCUCCUGGAUAAGGAAAGCCCAUGACCGACGAACAAACAACCCGGAGCGAGCGAUUCAACUUGCAUCGCAGAAUCAGCGAGCCAAUAGCGUCCCUGGUAUUAUCUACACCCUCUUCCGCAAAGACUGCGAAGCGCUCGCCGCACGCCUACGUGCCGACGGCAUCGGGGCGAAACCAUAUCACGCUGGACUUCCUCACACAGAUCGAGCAGAUGCUCUUGCUGGUUGGGUCGAAAACAGAGAGGGCUACGAUAUCAUCGUUGCCACUACAGCAUUCGGCAUGGGGAUCGACAAGGAGAACGUACGCUUCGUAGUCCACUGGCAGAUACCCAAAUCCUUCGAGGGCUUCUAUCAGGAAGCUGGCCGUGCCGGACGAGACGGAAAGGCCAGUGCUUGCAUCCUUUACUACGGCAGGGAAGACCGAGAUCGAGCUGCAAACAUGAUGGUGAGAGACCAGCAGCGGCAACCAAGUAAGGGCGCAAACAUCGCCGCAAUGAAGCAGCAGAUGUUGAAGCGAGCGGAGAGCUUGAAGUUGCUCGUCGAAUACUGCGAGAAUACCGCACAAUGCAGGCACAGAAUGAUUGCGAACUAUUUCGCGGACGAAGAAGUCCCGCCGUGCGAUUAUGCAUGUGACUGGUGCAAGAAUCCGGUGUUAUUAGUGAGGAGAAAGGAGAAGGGGUUGGCGAGCGAGGAGUGGUGUUCUACUCAGAAAGAGAUGGGGCGCUUCGACAUUGAUGAAUACGAUUGAGAUGAUAAGCAUGGACUAGGUUUCAGGCUCGAACGAAACUAGAGUUAAGCAUAAGAAAGUACUGUAAUUGGUAAUCGAGGGACUCUGUUAUUGUGGUAGAUCAAAUAGAGAAAUAGUAUGUCCCCAUCGUCGCAUGGACCGUGAUCAUAGCAUCACCAUGUUCGAUUAAACAUCGAGGCAUGUGGAACGUGAGAGAGCAAUGUAGAGU